AUGGAGGCUUCCACGCAAGAACCCUACCGGGACUCACCGUCUUCCUUGAGAAGCUCGACGCCUAUAUCUUCAAGUCGCGACCAGCCUGCGAAACCGCUCCCUUCUUUACCUUCGGACACGCCUACAGAGCCGUUGGAGCCCUACCGCGAUGAACCCUCCCCAAGCUCGCCAGCACCCGACCCUAUCAUCGCAUCGCCCGCGCCCCAACGAUACCGCACCUCUGCCGGGAGGGCAAAUGCGCGUCUCCAACAAGCUGAGAUCCAAGUCUUCUACACACCCUAUACCGAUGUGCCUCGGGCACACAACGAUGAGGAUGUCCCGCUCGCACAGCUCUACCCGUACCCUACCGAGGCGCCGCCGCCAUACCAGAUUGCAGUGCGCGAAUCCUACCGCGAGACGUUUGCACAGCACGUUCCAAAUCAUUCUAUGUCGACAGUGCGGGACGAGGAGGCAAGCCUCGAGCAGGUACCAUCCGACGAUGUGAGGUUUACGGUAGAGAAGGUGGUGGCAGCGAUUAUUGUCGCGAUGUUGCUGCUCGUUAUCGCGUCUAUUCUAGCGCUCAUUGCGGUCUCAGGCUUUAACUGGAGGAUCUGA